AUGUCUACAGCGGAAAAGUCCCCCGAGCCCACCGGGGAUGUUACCCGGCGGGAUCAAUCUGCAACGAUAGAUACAGAUUCAACACGAAACAACAAUGACACGACGGCUGUGGAUAUUGAAUCGAGCCUUGCAGCAUGGACAUGUGUCUUUGGAGGCUUUCUUUUUCUCAUGCCUACAUUCGGCAUGAUGCAGUCCGUCGGUGUAUACCAGUCCUAUCUUGAAUUGAAUCAACUGAGCGACUAUACGGCCGGUGAAAUUGGUUGGAUACCAGGAAUGUACAUGUUCCUCUCCAUGCUCGUGGCAAUCCAAGUUGGUCCUGUACUUGACCAGCGUGGUCCGUUUGCAGUGAGCAUCAUCGGCGGUGGCGGCAUCGUCAUCAUGUUCAUUCUACUGGCUGAGUGUAAAGAGUACUGGCAAUUUAUGCUUUGCUUUGGAAUACUUGGUGGCCUUGCAACGGCUAUUGCAGGGACUAUUGGCGUCACUGUCGUUGCAAAACUCUUCACGAGGAGACGAGGACUGGCUAUCGGGUUGGCUCUCGCCGGAUCAUCUAUAGGGACCGUUAUCUUUCCCAUCAUGCUCCGAUCUUUGCUUCCUAAGCUCGGAUGGAGCUGGUCAAUGCGUGUCGUAGCUUUUGUCAUCCUUGGCAUCUUCACGCUGGGUAUUGUGUGCCUCACUCCUUACAAGCGACUGGCCAAACUUGUCGCGCUACCCGUCACCAAAAAGCGCGGCAUAGCCGUCCUCAACUUUACAGCCUUCCGUUCCGUACCUUUCUCGUUGAUAUCAGUUAUGUACUUCGCCAUCCAAUUCGUUCUUUACGGUAUUGGAGGUCUCCUUCCUACCUUUGCAAUAGAAGCAGGGAUGAAGGCUGAGGUUGGAUAUACCUUACUUUCAAUUGUUGGAGGAGCUUCAGCUUUUGGCCGUGUUCUACCCGGAUUGGUGGGCGACAAGCUGGGCCACUGCAAUGUAUUGGUCGUCAUGAUGAUGAUAACAAUCGUCUUCAUGAGCGCUUUGUUUGUGCCCUUUGGCGACAGAAGUGUCGUCCUUUAUGUUUUCAGUGGACUAUGGGGAUUCUGCUCUGGAGGGUUCUUGUCUAUAACACCAGUAUGCGUCGGAAAGACUUGCGAUGCAAAAGAUUACGGCCGAUACUAUGGGACACUAAACUUCUUCAUUAGCUUCUCUCUACUGGUCUCUAUCCCUGCAAGUGGUAGUAUGGCUCAGCAAAUGGGUACUCAGGCACUGAGCGGACUUCUUACCGGUAUCCUUGCGUUGGCGUUAUGUUGUCUGAUCGCCGCAAGAGCCUUUCUCAUUGGCGAGUGGUUUGCAAUUAAGACCAAGAUUUGA